GCAGGUUGACCGGUCUUCAGGUAUAUAAACGUAGUUUAACUCUGGUAGAAUCAGUCAGCUAGAGACUCUUCUGGAACUAGCUCUCUGAUCAAUAUGCCUGGACAUAUUAAGCUGACUAAGACAGGUCAACCUGACCCUGACCCAACAGAAUAUCUGUUACCAUCCAUGGAUAUGAAGAGAGCUGACCAGCAAAAACCAUAUGACUCCAAGAAGUCUGUUUGGAUUCCUGAUCCAAAAAGUGGUGGGUACCGUGAGGGGGCUAUUGAGUCUGGAGAUCUGGAGGACCCUGCAAGUAAGUGUGUUGUUUCUGUAGGCCAUGAGAAGUUUACACAUAAGGCAUCUGAGGUUGGGAAAGUUAAUCCACCCAAGUUUGAAAAAUGUGAGGACAUGGUGAACCUUACUUUUCUUAAUGACGCCUCUGUAUUCUGGAAUCUGAAGACACGUUACCAAGCCAAGAUGAUCCAUACCUACUCAGGUCUUUUCGUUGUGGUUGUCAACCCAUACAAGCGUUACCCUAUCUACACCCACAGGGUUGCUAAGAUUUAUCUUGGUAAGAGGCGUAAUGAGGUUCCUCCCCAUCUUUGGGCUAUUGCUGAGACUGCCUACAGAGGCAUGCUUAAUAACUCAAAGAACCAAGCUAUGCUGAUCACUGGUGAGUCUGGAGCUGGAAAAACUGAAAACACCAAAAAAGUAAUCACUUAUUUGGCUAUGGUUGCAACUGGAUCUGGCAAGAAAUCUGAAAAGAAGGUUUCUCUAGAGGAUCAAAUUGUUGCAACUAAUCCGAUUCUGGAAUCCUAUGGUAAUGCCAAAACAUCAAGGAAUGACAAUUCUUCUAGAUUUGGUAAGUUUAUCCGAAUUCAUUUUACUGCCUCUGGAAAGCUUGCUGGCUGUGACAUAGUUUCCUAUCUAUUAGAGAAAUCUAGGAUUACAGAACAGCAAGAAGUGGAGAGAUCCUACCAUAUAUUUUACCAACUGCUGCAGCCUUUUGGAGAUGGCAUUGGUGGUGGGUUGAGGGAGAAAUGUCAUCUAAGCACUGAUAUUUAUGAUUACAUAUAUGUAUCUCAGGGAAAAACAACUGUUGCUUCGAUCGAUGACAAUGAAGAGCUUGAGUAUACUGAGGAUGCCUUUAAUGUUCUUGGCUUUGGUGAACAAGAAAAGUUUGAUUGCUACAUGCUUACUGCUGCUGUGAUGACCUUUGGUGGUGUUGAAUACAAAACAAAGGGUAGAGAUGACCAAGCAGAA